CACUGGCUAUGUAUGUAUAUGAUAUAAACCCCAUUAAGAUGAUCGAAUAUAAUCAACUCGACUUUGCGGCUCAUCGUUGAAGUCUACUUUGGUCGAGCCCUGGUCACGUGGUCAUCACAAGCCCGUUGUCCAAGGACGGCGCCACAGCACGAGCCACGAACCGUCUCCGCCGAAACUCCGCACCAGCAUUUGUUUACUGUUCGCUGGUCCUAGCAACAAGCGUAGGUAUACAUCUCAACCUCACGCAUACUCCUCCCUAAAAUUACAAAUCAGUCUUCCUUACUUCCGUAUCAUUGCAUUGGAAUAAUCACAAUGUCCUGGCGGCGUGAUUCCACCACGCCGAUGGAUUAUGAGUGGCAGAACAGCAACGGGCCCAUAGACGCAAACUCCCCCUUCAUCACCGCAACACAACAAGCCUCCCACAAGAAACGCCCACAUUCAGUCCUCGACACCCCCUCGAAAAGCUUCCCCAGCUUCAACACACCGAGCCGAUCGCAAUCGUACAUGCUAUCGCCCGACCACAAGCCACUACCCGCCGUACCGCCGCACGUCUCCCGAGCGAACACCUGGGAGCCGCGCACGCCAGCGUCCGUCUACGACUUCAGUUCCGGAGGCGAGACGCCGAACACCCCCACAUUGAACGAGGACAGCGACAUCGCGACGCCGGACACGCAGAUGUCGAGGCGGAUGGGGAACCUCAUGAGCGACAACGACCACGUCACCGUCCGGAGCAGGAGUCCCAAGAAGUCGAGUCGGCGCGACAGCUGGUUCAAGAGCAUGUUUACGUCGAGUCCCAGCCCCAGCAAGGAGAAGGCGGCGGCGUAUAGUAAUAGGAAACCGGACGACCGCGACAGGGUGAAGAAGAGGAAAACGAAGCGCGCGAAAGAGCUGGCGAUCUAUGAGGAGCCGGAUUCGCCUGAUGUUACUGGCGUCCCAGGUCCAGCACGUGUGGGACCCAAUGCAGCAGCACAGAGUAACGGUCAGACCGAUGGAUAUGCGGCCAAGGCGGCGGGUUUCUUCGGCUGGAUCGAAGCACAUCCUGACCUCCCCGCUGUGUUGACUUUUUACCUACAAUUAGUCGUCAAUGCCUGCAUGGGGGGGACGUUUCUCUGGAUCAUCUGGAAGAUGUUCUCUGCCAUCAUGGCGGACGUCAAUGUCGAGAGCAACAAGUUCAUGAACGAGGCGAUGGUGGAGAUCACAUUCUGCGCGAAACAGUAUCAGGACAAUCGAUGCGACCCAAAGACUCGCGUGCCGGCCAUGGAGACGGUCUGUGGGAAUUGGGAGGCGUGUAUGAACCGCGAUGCUCGACAGAUCGCGAGGGCGUCCGUGGGCGCCAGGACGUUUGCAUCGAUUUUGAAUUCAUUUGUCGAGCAAUUGAGCUAUAAAAGUCUGGUAUGGUUAUUCUCUCUUUUUCUCAUGCCCUUUUUAUGCUGGUUCAGCUUUCCGCGUAGCCUGACUGGGUCGUGUGAGCAUUCACGGCACGGAAAUGACUAUUCAAUAUUCUCACAAGAUCAUCACUCAACCCCAACCCACCUCUAUCAAACCCAUCGAAAACCCAGCUAACCCCCUGCCCCACCACAGCUCUUCACCGCCAUACUAAUCUUCGGCGCCUUCAGCCUCUCCAACCGCUUCUUCGACAUCGUCCGCUCCAAGACCGCCCACCCG